AUGAGUCGAGAUGCGUAUCUCGCUCGCAUGGCCAUGGGUCGAUCGGUCUACGAGGCAUCACCAGAGAUUGAAGAAGUACCACCGUUACCAACAAGAGCCGACGAGCAACAAUACAAUGCGAGAGGUGAACCCGUCAGCCUAGCUACCAUCCGCCACGAAGAAGCCAUGAUCGCUGCCAAAAAUGAAUGCCUGGCUGCUGUAGGCGUGUGCGAAAGGAAAGACAAGAUCAUCGACCGCCUGAUCGACCAACUACCAGAUGGCGAACAGCGCUUUCACUUCUCCGACGAAGAAUGGGCUAUCAUCAAAGAAGGCGAAAAUGACUAUGGCGAACUCAUUCGUAUGACUGCAGAGACAUCGAGAAACUUCUUGGAAUGGUGGCUCUUGGCCCUGCGGAGAAGAUUGCAAGUCGGUUAUGUUUCGUCUGAGCUCAGUUUUAUGGACAUUCUCUCAGCUGAGUGGACAUCAUUGACCAGUAAUGGUUUCUUUGGCGCCGUCCGGUUUCUUACCGUCGGUGGACUGGCAGAAGUCACGUCUCAACUCAUCAUAACCUUUGUCGACUGGUAUCUGGGCGAACAAGUCUUGACGAUCAGUAAGAAGAUCAUCAGACUGAAAGCGAGCACCAAAAAGCGGUUCUGGCUGCUCAGAUGCCUAAACUACAGCUACAAAGCCGUGAACGCCUUGCUUCAUCUUUCGGUCUAUCCUCUGGCCUCUUUUUCAUGUCUGCAGCAAUUAGGUCUCGCUUCCUCGAAAUCUCUCUUACCUCCAAAAUCGUGGCUGGCACCUUGGAGCCCUGCAUCACCUCUUCGCUGGGCCCUUCUCAGUCAAAGUACGGUAAAGGGCUCGAAAUUGCUGGGAUUACUAGUUUCGCCGGCAAGUCUGUGGUUGACCAUGGCUUUACUCCAACACUCUGCUGCAUCAGCCUACGGCCACGUUCCCCUGUUCGAAUACAAUUGUAUCCUAGGUCCUCACAACACUCCCUUGUCACCGCAAACGAUCGAUCCAGAGUCCAGCUAUCUGACACCCUUCUCACGCCUUCGAGAUGGAUUACUUCAAUUGGUAGGCUGGGCACCAGUUCCUAUCGGACCGCAAACAGAAACUCGCGAAUUGACUCAGGAGUCGAGUGCGCGCGACAAUGCCACAAGAAUUGAACCACCACAACAGCAUACCGCAACCCGCUACCGCGUCACCGAACUCAGUACCCUCCCCUCCAAUCUCUUGGCUUUGAAUCUGGAUUACAUGUUCUGGUCCGUCAUUUUGCUGCCGCUGGAUACUCUGCAUCUUACUUCUCUGUCGUCGGCCUUUUGCUCGAGCUCAGCGGCAAGAAAUAGUGUAGAGAAUGGUGUUUCUGUGGGGUUGAUACCGAGGCUUGCGGCGUCGAGGAUGGGCAGAGUCAACAAGAUUGGCUUGUGCCUGGCGUUGGAGUUUACACUGGAUACGGCCGUGUGGGGUGGAGCGUUCUUGUGGACGAGGUAUAUUGGUAUGUCUAGGUAUUGGUGGGGUUGUACAUGA